GCCGUGGCAGAACUCACCCUCUAACCGAACCUUUGAUAACAAAAGUAAAGCUGCCGUCCAUUGCCUCACGGGUCGACCGAUCCAAACAAGAUAGCAGAGAUCUCCGCAGCGCCGAAAAAGUUUCGAACGAAACCGUUCCUCUCACGUCGUCAAAUCCGCCGAGGAUCCUCUAACCCACGCAUCCGUCCACCGGCCAUCUCCGCGUUGCACGCACACGUAGACACGCAGACCUCGCGCGCCAUGGCCGCCAACGCCAAAGUCGCCCAGAAACGGCUCUUCACCGAAUACAAAAACCUCUCCACCGAUCCUCCCGCGGGCAUAACGGCGGGCCCGGUUUCGGAAGAUGACUUAUUCACCUGGGAAGCCCUCAUCUCGGGUCCUGAGGACACGCCCUUCGAAGGCGGCAUAUUCCCCGCCGAACUGAAGUUCCCCAAGGACUACCCCCUUUCCCCGCCGACGAUGCGCUUCACCUGCGAAAUGUUCCAUCCGAACGUCUACCCCAACGGCAUGGUAUGUAUCAGUAUCUUGCAUGCGCCUGGAGAAGACCAGUGGGGUUACGAGAAGGCGAGCGAGCGGUGGAGUCCGAUACAGAGCGUGGAGAAGAUCCUGAUCAGUGUUAUGAGCAUGUUGGCGGAGCCAAAUGACGAGAGUCCUGCUAACGUCGAGGCUGCCAAGAUGUGGCGGGAUAAGAGGUCGGAAUACGAGAAGAUUGUGCGGAACAACGUGAGGAAGGGAUUGGGAUUGUGCUAGAAGCUGAGAUAUAUCUUUUUCUUUUUCAUGCAUGUUCAGGCGCGCGAUGGAUGGCCUCGAGCGUACUGUAUAAUUUGUCCUUAUGAUUGACUACGUUGAGCGUUCUUCGCUCCGGCUACAGGUUAACUGUUCAUGACCCCGAACAGCUUCGAAAGAUUCGCCUCAUUGGAUUCAACCACUCCGGAGUUGUUGGAGCUUCGAUUCAUCUUACAGCAAAUCAAAGCCUCCAUCUGAUCAAACUUUGUCCACUAGUGAGAAUCGCAUUCAAUGGAUCAGACUAGGUGGAUCAGCGAGAAAACGGAGUUUUUGAUUUUGACAUUUAAAAAUAGAUUUAACAUCAGACUAGGAGGCAGCUAGAUGGUCCUCAAAUCUCUUCAGGUCUUCUUGCAAGAAUUACGUUUCUCUUUGUGGAAACUCCAUAUCACUGCUGUUGAGAAAGGUGGCUUCCAAAAGCCAUGACGAAAGUGUUGAAAGAGGUCACCUUUGGAACACCUUUAUGUCCUUCCUCAUCACAUAGCCUUAUUCAAAUUCCCAAC